AUGCCCUUCCCUGCCCAGCUGACCCGGGACUUUGGGGAUGGCGAGUUGCACCACACGGCUGGGAUGGGGCUCAGUGAGAGGCAGGAGCUGAUGGCUUCCCAGUGGGGUUCUGAGCAUCAGCUCAACUACAAGUAUGUUAGCUGGGUGUCCAACAGCAGCUCCGUGAAUUACUCAUGCAAGUACGAGAGCCGGGAUGAAGAGAACCAGGUGAAGUGGUCGCAGCUGAGUCGUGCUGAGCAGCUGGACAUCAAGGCCCUGGGCAUCUGCAGCGAGGAGCUCUGCACAGCCCCAGGCACUCUCCUGGCCCCAACCUUGCUUCUUGAUACACCGGAUGCCCAGGAAGGAGACGCUGUCUUGCUCCAGUGCACCAUCUUCUCCGACAAUGGCAUCACCCGCGUCAUCUUCUGCAAGGAUGGUGCUGCUGUUUCUGCUGACCGUGGCUCAGAGAAGGGCAUCUACACUUUUCGCGAAGUUGCCUCUGUGAACACCUCUGGGGAUUACUCCUGCAGGUAUGAAACCAGGGAUGCCAAGGGAUGGGUGAACCAAUCCCAGCUCAGCCCUGCGCAGCGCCUCCACGUCCGAGGGCCCCAGGGAACGGACAUCCCCCCCAGGCCGGCCAUCCCACUCUGGGUCUGGAUGUUGCGCUCUGCCCUGGUCCUGCUGCUUCUCGCUUCGGCCCCUGUUACAACUUUCCUGCUGGAGAAGAGCACCCGAUGGCCGCCCACUCCCACCGUGGAUGGUGAUGUCCCCCGAAAGGCAAACCCUGCACCGUAGCUUCCUGCACGUGUUGCCGCUGUGCAGGGAUGGGGAGGCAUGGGUAUAGCGUUGGUCAGGGCUGAGGGUUAAAAAUGUCCAUGGCAGGGCUUGCUGGGCUGUGAAGAAACUCCCUCCACUCCAGUGGUCUCCACUCCACCUCUGUUCACAUCCUCUUCUGCUCUGGAAUGAAGGAGCCCUGUGGGAUGUUUCAGGGCUCACGGAUUACCUCUCUGUCUCUGUAGGUGGGAUAGUUUAUAACCUGCAGCUCUGCAAGGGUUUGCAGCAGUGGUCAUGUGACAAAAGUGCCCCUGACUCGUCUACAGCCCUGAAGACCCAUGGAAAUCGGAAAGACAGUGCAGGGUGUGAGGAGAAGAGGGAUGGGAGAGAUGAAUCCACUGAGGGCAUCUCCCCAGCGAGACCGAAGGACAGCGGAGGGUCUUUGGGGAAGGAGAGUGGGUGGCAGUGGAAAGCAACCGCCCAGGGCACUGCUCCACACCAGCGUGGGUAUGAGCCAGGGAAGAUGGGCUAUCCAAGGCAUUCCCUGGGCCCUUCCUGCUGUGUGCUUCUUGUUGUGUGCAGAGCUCCUGGAAAAGGCGUGGGAAAGAUAGAUAUUUCUGGAAGACCCAGCAGGCACUGCGCAGUUUGCUGCAAUAAGCGACUACAUGUCACUGGAGUGAAAAAAGACCUGCCUGCCUGGCCACAGUACACGUAGCUGUCACACCCAGCCCCUUGGUGAUUUCUCUGUUGCUAACACUGUGCUGAUGCAUUUUGUGUUCGAAUAAACAACAUCUUUAGUGAACA